AUGAAUCAUCAGUCAAUAAUGAAAGGGAUAUACAGUGCUUUAGUUCUUGCUAUCUCCGCAGCUUUUCUUCUACAGUUAGUAUCUGUAGAUGCUGCUGUAACCAACGCUGAUUGUGAGAAGGGUGGUAAAAGUCACCACUACUUCUUUGGAACAAGAUCAUCUUACGACAGGCUUUUGUACCAUGACCUAAUAAACUUAAAGUCUAAAUGGAUGCGAGUGACAAGCAUAGACAAAACCUACCCACAACAGGGACAACCUUCACUGGGAAGAAUUAGUUAUAUCGAAGUCUUGGACCAAAGAUCAGAUGGAACCGGAGGAUGCGUUUACAUCAGAAAUGGUGGAAUCGGACAAAGUUCUGUUACCCUCCACAUUAAAUCUCAAAGAAAUCAUGGAAUGAAUUUCGUUGUAAAUGCUUCUGUACCACGACCUAAUAAAUUUAAAGUCUAAAUGGAUGCGAGUGACAAGCAUAGACAAAACCUACCCACAACAGGGACAACCUUCACUGGGAAGAAUCAGUUAUAUCGAAGUCUUGGACCAAAGAUCAGAUUCCACCGGAGGAUGCGUUUACAUCAGAAAUGGUGGAGUUGGACAAAGCAAUGUUACCCUCCACAUUAAAUCUCAAAGAAAUCACGGAAUGGAUUUUGUUGUAAAUGUAUAUGGUCACUACUAGACUAGAUCAUAAUUUAUUCAUUAAAUAAAUAAUAUAAAAUCAAUAUUUAUUUUUUUUCAUCCUUAAUUUCUAUAAGAAUGC